AUGGCAACUACUGAAGAAGUGACUAAAAAACUAGACGACCUUAAGGUCGAAGAUUCGGCUCCAUCCUCAGCCGCCACCACCUCUUCCACAACAACAACAGCAACAGCAACAACAACAACCUCCAAUACCACCAAUACCAGCCAAGAACCUUCUUCUUCUUCUUCUUCAACUACCACUCAAACCACAGUUCUUUCAUCUCCUGAUAGUUUUACUGCAGUUCACCCACUAUCUUCUUCGUGGACCCUUUGGUUUGUGAAGCCACCUUUGGGUAAGAAUGAUGACUGGAAGGAUCUGCUGACAGAAAUUGUGACUUUUGAAUCAGUCGAAGAGUUUUGGGGUGCUUACAAUAACCUCAAUAAGGUUUCCCAGCUCCCACUGCGCUCUGAUUAUGCUCUUUUUAAAACUGGUAUUAGACCUGAGUGGGAAGAUCCUAAAAAUGCAAACGGUGGUAAAGUCGUUUUCAGUCUUAAGGACCACGGUGUUUCACCUGCUGCCGCUGCCGCUGCCGCCGCUGCUGCUGCUGCCGCCGCUCCAGGCUCUACUCCUGCUGAGCCCGUUUCCCGUGUUGACGAGAUUUGGCUUGGACUUCUUUUGGGUCUUGUUGGCGGCACUCUGGAUCUGACAAAUGAUCCCUCAGUUCCUGUUGAGGAACAAAAGGUCAACGGUGUAUUUGUCAAUGUGCGUAAGGCUGCUGUCCGCUUCAAUCUCUGGACCAAGGACCUUGAUGAGGAAAAAAUCAAGCCCAUUGCUAAUAGAUUUAAGGAGAUUUUGAAGAUUGAUCAGACUGAAGAGCUGGAGUUCAGUCCUCUGGAUUCAUCCAUUGGCCGUCCCAAGAAGCGAACUCUUUAA